UCACUUCAUGAAAGUUGCUAAAAAACCGACUCGAAAAACACCAUGGAAAUCGUCACUUGCCGAGCUCCUGUGAAUAUAGCAGUCAUCAAAUAUUGGGGGAAGAGAAAUGAAAAACUUAUCCUGCCAGUCAACUCUUCCCUGAGUGCAACGUUACAUAUCGAUCAACUUUGUACAAAAACAACUGUUGCUGCUAGUAAUAAAUUCAAGACAGACAGAAUCUGGCUGAAUGGCAGGGAAGAAUCACUGGACAACCCACGUUUGAAGAAGUGCCUAGCAGAAAUCCGUCAGAGAGCUCGCAAGAGGAAAAGCUCCCCAACUAAAGAUGGGGUCACACCGGCGGCCAUGUUGGAUUGGAAAGUACACAUCUGCUCCGAGAAUAACUUCCCUACUGCAGCAGGCCUGGCUUCCUCUGCUGCAGGAUAUGCGUGCUUAGUGGCAACUCUUGCGAAAGUGUUCAAGGUAGAAGGCAAUGUAUCGGACAUAGCCCGGCAGGGAUCAGGCAGUGCCUGCCGUAGCAUGUACGGAGGGUUCGUACAAUGGCUGAUGGGCGAGGAGGAAACAGGGGAAGAUAGCAUCGCUGAACAAGUCGUGACUGAGGAUUACUGGCCUGAGAUGAGGAUAUUGAUCCUUGUGGUGAGUGAUCACAAGAAAGCGACCAGCAGCACGGCCGGUAUGCAAUCCACAGUAGAAACCAGUCCUCUCCUUCCGCACCGAGCUGAGAAGAUCGUACCCGACAGAAUGGUUGCUAUGACGACCGCUAUCGAGGAGAAAGAUUUUAAGACAUUUGCAGAACUCACAAUGAAGGAUAGUAAUCAGUUUCAUGCAGUUUGUCUAGAUACCUACCCACCCAUCUCCUACAUGAAUGAUACAUCAAGACACAUCGUUAGGCUUGUACACGCCUUCAAUGCAUUCAAGAAACAAACCAAAGCAGCAUAUACUUUUGAUGCUGGACCCAACGCCGUUCUCUUUACUCUUGAGAACGAUGUAAGCGAGCUCCUCUCAUUCAUCAAUCACUUCCUACCCCAAGGAGAAGAGGACAAGGAAGACGUCUUCAUCAGAGGUCUACCCGCGGAUAUCCACACCCCAAGCAAGGAGCUUCAGUCCGCUGUGACCUUCGACCCCAUUCCGAAUAGCCUGAGGUACAUUAUCCACACCAAGGUCGGUCCAGGGCCAGUGACGGCAGAGGACCCAGAGCUUGGUCUGAUUGAUAGUAAUGGUCAGCCGAAGAGUUUGAAAUAGUAAGCUAUGUAAUUCACUGAAACACAGAUUACACACUCCAGAAAACCAGGUAUGGAAUUAACAAGCACAAAUGUUCAUCUUACACAGCUACUUGUGUGAAACUCUGGAAUGCUACAAAACAUAUUUAUGAUGCGUUUGUACACUUCUGAUGUUUCUCACAAAUUUAUUGCGCAUUUUAGCACCCCUGUCUGUCAUUUCAGGGAUGGUUUGUUUCAUGUGGAAUAAACCAUUUUAGCUUCAUUGUGCGAAUUGGUGUUAGGAGCAAAGAACAAAAGUUGUUUGUCAUAACUUGGUAAAUAGCAGUGAAGUCAAUAACGAGAAGUCCCCUCGAUCCACCAUGCGUAAGUAGUGGUCCCAGUCGAUUUCCUACCUUCUGGCAAGAUAA